GGCUCUCCGCUCACACCUACCCCCAGCCGUGAGCCCUCUGCCCGCUUCCCCUCGCCCUUCGGCGGCCUCGGGGCGGGUGGGCCCUCGCUGGGCCCGGCAGCGGCUGUGCGGGCGCGGCGCGGCCCUGCAGCGCUUGUGACUUUCCCCCGUAUUUCCGCUCCCUCCUCCGCCGAGCUCCGGCUGCUCUCGGGCUGCCGCAGCGAUAUUUCCCUUCAGGAGGGAAAGAAAGGAGGCCCGGAGGAAGAGAACCCCAUCAACCUGCUGAGCAGGGCAGCUGGAUGUACCAGCCCCUUUCCUGGAGGUCUCCACUGCUGUCAGAAGGUUCAAGGGCAUGACUUGAUGUGCUCUGCUUCCUAGAAAAAGCUUUUCCUCUGUACCAGAGCCAGCAAACAGUGCAGUCUGGCCUUGACAAACCACAAAGGAAGAUUAAGGGAAUCCUGAAGCAGCAACGGACUGUUUGCUCCUGGACUUUGUCCAAAGGCACUGGUUGCACAUCAGUGCUCUCUCUUAUCAGAAAAGAAGAUAAAUGUGAGCCAUUGCCUGACCACCAGCGGGAUCAUGGAGGGAAAGGAGACGUCACCGAGUCUCACGUCAGAGAGCAGCAUCUUGGACCUCCCCUCUGCUUGUGACCUAGCAGAGCACUUUCUGCCUCCACAGAGCUCUGAAAACAGCCAGGAGCUUUAUCCUUCUGGGGAUGCUUUUCCCUCUCCACCCACAGGAGGGAGCAAUCCAUCAUCUGCAGCUCCUGCAGACUCUUCUGCUGAAGGCUCUGAGGAAGCAGACGUGAGAUGUUACCCAAAAGCGGGGCUGUGUGAGCCCUCUGAACCUAAUGACUCUGUGCUCUCAUGGGUGCGUGAACGUGACGGUGCAGAGGAUCCCAGCAUCAGGGACUCUCUGGACGGCUUCUACAAAAUGUAUUGCAGAAAGCAGCCAGAGAGGAAGGACCCGACCUACGAGGCUGCCUCACGGUGUCUGUCACAGAAGAUUUCAGAGCUGGAGCAAAAGGAGGGAACAAAAUAUGCGUCACGUUGUCUGCAAAUGGCACAGUUGGUCUUGAACAGAGAUGGAUGUAAGAUCUUUCCAAACCAUCCCCCUUCCGCUUGCUUUUCAAAGGCAGCCGAAGGAGAAGUCUUGUUGGAAAACAGGAGGAGGAUACCCGGACUCUCAGAUGACAUCCUGCAGUUCCUCUUGAAACAAAUACAGGAGGAACGUAGCCUUGAUGGGUCACAGGAGAAGUGAGCAAGACACUGGUCUGUUUCUGUCAUGAGGCUUUGCUUCCACUCCAGAAAGAGGAGACUUUCUUAGACAUUGUUCUCCCAGCACCACCUUCAGCACCAGCUGCUCCAUGGAGGGCUUCAGCCCCAGCAGACCUUGCACCUUCUGUGUAACUGCUUGGGGUGUGACUGAUUGGGAGAGAGGGGUCAUGCAGUGUUUGCUGCUGGGACAUCAAACAUGAUAAUUUCUAUCCACCAAGCUUUUAAACUGGCCUGCAUCCUCCCCUAGGUUAGCAGUGAUUCAGCCCCGGGGUGGGCACCGCUGUCCAAAUGCUGUUGGCUCUAACAGGCUGUUGGAAUGACCUUGGCGUGGUGUUCCCCAGCCCUGCAGGGGAAAAGUUGGGAUUUUGUUCUGUACAUUGUGUGUACUGUGUUGUUACCCACAGACAUACUACCCCACAGUUAAUGGCUGCGAUGCCAGGUGCGUUUUUCUAACAGAAAAAGUGUGUGUGUGUGCAUGAGAAAGAGAAAAUACAGCUCUGAGCAGGUUCUCUGACAGUGCUUCUGUCCUGUUUAUCUCCCCCCCAACAACCUUCAGUUCCUUUCUGACUUUCAUGAUGGUGCUAAUGAGAUCCCAGGGGGAAUGUUCCCUUUAAAAUGAAAAGGAUCUUUCUGAGCCCAAAGAGCCUGAUGUCAGUCAGCAGCAGAGCAAUGAACCCACACACAGCCACUUAAAGUUCCUCUCCCGCCUGGGUUGCCUUUUGUUGCUUUACUGCCUCUGCCAGGCAGAUAAAUGUCUUUGUGCAUGUUUUCCACCCACUGGGCUGUCCACUGAAAGAGCAGUUUGCUGUCCAUGAUGUUGUUUGCUAACUGGGGAGGCCAUUCUCCAGCGUGGGUGUGAGCGAGGAAGCCCAGAGUGCCAGAGGAAGGGAUGUGUUUAAGGUGACAGCAGAUGAACAAAGAAAGAGAGAAAAGGAGGGAAGGAGGGGUCUCAAAGGUCAACGCCGGUGUGGUCACUCCAGCCACAGUGCUCACAGCAGUUUUGGUAUUCGAUGUCCAGUGUUUGCCAGCCCAGCUGCUGAGACCUCUCAUCCGCUCCCUGUCCCAGCUGGCUGGAUCUCAGAGCGGGUGCUUGCGUUCCUGCCUGUCGCGUUCCCUCCUGCGCUCCCACCUGGGGCUGCCAUUCCUGCCUUGCUGCCCCGUGGCACAGCUGCCGUGCUCGGCAGGUGUUUCCAGCAAAGGCAGUGGAAAUUUGGCUGCUGCCUUCAGUCAGAGCAGGGGGAGGCUCAGCUGGCUGCAAGUUCUGGUCAGACACUUAGGAUUUGGUGUGAUCUCUCUUUGCAAAUAGAUUUAUAUUAGAAGUGCCUGGGUUUUUUAUCCUUGAUUCAUCUGUGGAACCAGUACAUUUGGCUUUGUGGUGGUCCUGCUGGGUGUGUUGCUUGCUUGCUUUUAUGGCAGAGGUGUUGUCCCUGUGCUGGAGGGCACACAGAAUAUUGGAGCAGACCUUCAGCUGCUCCCCCAGCAUUACUCAAGUUAAUGGUGCCAGGAGGAAAAAAAGAGUCGAGGAUGCAGCACCACUUGUGUAGUAGCAAACAAACCCACAGGUGCUUGUGUAUCAAAAUCCAAAUGAAAGCAUCCUGCUGGCAAAAACUGUAGAGAACGGUAAUAUCAGCUAGUUUAGCCACAGAUAGAGCUGGGAAAAGCAGACCUGCUCCUGAGUGUGCUGUCAGUAAUUACAGAAACAUCACUGGCCCCUCUGCCAGCUCACGCUGUUUAACCCCCACGGAUCUGUCACAGCCACGAGGGCACCGGUGUUGACAGGUGCAGGGAGAUGUUGCUGAGGAUGUACAGGGAAGAAGGAAGGUCUCCAGUGUGAAUCAGGUGUUGUUGCUUUUAAAUUUUGCCAGUGUUUAUGCUGUUCCACACCUUUAAGUGAGCUGCUGUGCAAAACCUCUCAACUGCCAAUUUAAGGGAAAUAAACUCCCAUGAAGGGAGAGAUGGAGAAACCUGAGGUCUGCAUCUGAAUCCCUUUAGUUAGCUGUAUGUUUGGUUGUUUGUUGAUGGUUUGCUGGUUUGUUGAUGAAUUGGUCAGUGCUAAAACCAUCUAAACCUUAAAUCAUUUUAAUUUAAAAAUAAAAGCCAAAGACAUGCAAUUUCCACAAAGAAAGCUUGCAGAAAAAUAGGAAGCUCCUGGUCCUCAGGAGAGUCCUGCUGCUGCUGAUGUUUGAGACAUCCCUACAGGGUUUUGAUGGAAGAGAGAAGAAGCUUGGACUGACAAAAUAGAGAAAAGGUGACUGCUGAAAGAGUGUGAAGAGAGAUACUGGCAGAGGAGAGCACAAAACUGUUCAAUUUUAAGGACCGGCGUAGGCAGAACAGACUGGAUGCAGCUGAAAAUUUUGGAUUAUGACUCAUAUCUACAAAUCUUGGCUGGCAUCUUGCAGAGGACAUGGUGAUGCUGAAACAUGCAGUCUUUUGAGAAGUUUGCACCCCUCAGAACCUGAAGUGCUGCAGUUGUUCUGUGCGCUGCUCGCUUCCUGGGGAUCGUGGAUGUGGCUAUCCCUGGCUUCCUGAAGGCUCACAGGAGCAGCACUCUGAGCGUAACUUAGAACAACACCUGGAAACCUGCAGCACCUUUCAGGGCUCUGGAUAUGCAACAUCCCACAGGGAUCCUCAAGCCAAGUGCGUAAGUGAGGUAAAAGAUGGGCAAUCAGUCCCACAGGGUAAGACAGGCAAGGCCAAAAUUGAUCCCCAGUUGUCAAGCAGGAGGAACACAGAACGUGGUGAGGACUUGAUGUGGCCCAGAUCCAAAUCCCACCCAAGGUCUGUUAGAGGUGUCUGUGCUUUGGGUUGGUGUUGCUUUUUCUCUUCUUUUUGCCAGAGCCGGGAUUAAAUGCUCGAGAUGGCAUUUCUUGUUUGGACUCAGGUGUUUAUUAAUUCUUAUCUAUGUCACAGUCUAACAAACUGUGAGUUCUACAGCACUUCUAGCUAACAAAGUGAAAAAUGGAACCGUCUCUCUUUACAAGGCCUUUUAAGGAUAAACUGUCCAAUUAUGAAAUGACACCUGAAUUAAUUUUACUUUUAACCCAAUAACCAACCACCCCUGGCCUGCAAUGUGGAUUUUUCUACCCAAUUACAGAAUCCCACCCAGACCCAUGAAGAAGAAGGUGAAAAAGAAGGACUCAGCCUCUGCCCUAAAUCCUCCAUCUUGCUUUAUAUCUAUUACUAUAUUCUAAACCCUUAAACUCUAAGUUUCCCACCCUGUGCUAUCACACACUUCUCUCCAAACUCCACACCCACAA